CAAUCCUUCGCUUGUCGCUUCAGUCUUCACUACUACACAAGACUCUUGUGUAACUAAAGAACAGAACUAACAGAAACUAUCCAAAUUACACAAUUAUAUGCAGACUUUGGUCAGUCUUGUUGCAGGUGUGGAAGUGUUCGGAGCUGAAUGCAGAAGGUCGUAGCAGUGCUUGGUGGGGGGAUUGGGGGUUUGUCGGCCUGUCAUCAUCUGAGCAAGAGUCCUAAUGUUUCCAAGAUCGUGCUGCUGGAGAGAUCUGGGAGAUGCGGGGGUUGGUUGAGCUCCAUACGGAGGGAUGACGGGGCCGUGUUUGAACAGGGACCACGAGGGGUGCGACCUGCAGGUGCCGUCGGCCAGAACACUUUGAAUAUGGUCUCUGAGUUGGGUCUUGAGUCUGAAGUCCUGCCUGUUCCAAAGGAUCAUGUGGCAUCUAAGAACCGCUUCCUGUAUGUGAAGGGACAGCUGCACAAGAUGCCAUCAGGACUUGGUGGAGUUGUCCGCACUAUCCCUCCUUUCUCUAAACCUAUAAUUCUGAGUGUUCUGAAGGAGAUACGGAUCAGGAAAGGCACAGAGGAGGAUGAAUCUGUGCAUGCGUUUGUGUCCAGGCGACUGGGGUCUGAGUUGGCAGAUAUAGCCAUAGACAGCCUGUGUAGAGGAGUUUUUGCUGGAGACUGCAGACAGUUGAGUGUGCGUUCCUGCUUUCCACCUCUUUAUGAAGCAGAGCGCUCUUGGGGCUCCAUCGUGCUGGGCAUGCUGAUGGGUUCAGGAGGUGGUCCUAAAGUAGCCCCUUCUGACUUGGCAAAGAGAGCAUCGAAAGAGUCUUGGACUCAAUGGUCUCUUAAAAGAGGCAUGCAGGCAUUCCCAGAAGCCUUGGAGGACACGCUGAAGAGACGAGAACGAGUGGAGCUUCAUCAUCAUGCCAAAGUGAAGAGUCUAAACAUGAACAGCGGAGGCUGGGAGAUCAAACUAGAUGAUGGAAUCUCUUUGAAAGCUGAUCAUGUGAUUUCUACACUACCUGCAUCAGAAUUAGCCUCUGUGCUGCCCCCUGCUGCUCAACCCCUGUCUGAUCAGUUGCGAUCCAUCGCUACAAUAACUGUUGCUGUGGUGAAUUUGGAAUAUGAAGGCUUCAUCCUUCCUGCUACUGGCUUUGGACAUUUGGUGCCUUCCUCAGAAGAUCCAGGUUUGUUAGGAGUGGUGUACGACUCUGUUCCCUUUCCACAACACAAUCGGAGUGGAGGAACGACUACUAGACUGACGGUGAUGAUGGGGGGAGCGUGGUUUGAGCAGACGUUUGGUCAUCCUGAUUCAGUGACGAAGCAGACGCUGUUGGAUCGAGCAACCAAGGCUGUGACCUUUCACCUGGGCCUAAACUCUCAACCUGCAUGGAGCUGCGUUGCUGUACUGAAGAACUGCAUUCCGCAGUAUCAUUUAGGACACUGGAAACGACUUGAAAAGAUGAGGCAAUACAUCAGCAACCACAAUCUGCCCCUUACACUGGCGGGAGCUUCCUACGAUGGUGUCUCUGUCAAUGAUGUUAUAUUUAGUGGGCGGACUGCAGCUGAGGGUCUCACUGGGAAAACAUGACUUACACUAACUUCAUUUUGUCUGCUUUUAUUGAACAUUUAAGGUUUUGUGAUAUGCAUUUUCUGAUCCCUGGGAAAUAUCUGAAAAAUACACUAGCAUGGAAAUGGAAAUCAAGAGUACACUAUCAGUCAAAAGUGUUUGAACAGUAAGAUAACAUUUUAAAAUGUAAUUUAUUCCUGUGAUCAAAGCUACAUUUUUUCAGGAUCAUUACUCCAGUGUUUAAUGUCACAUGAUCCUUCAGAAAUCAUUAUAAUAUGCUUAUUUGCUGUUCAAGAAACAUUUUUAUUAUUAUUGUUGUCAAUAUCAAUAUUUAAAACAGCUGAGUAUAUUUUUUCAGGAUUCUUUGAUGAAUAGAAACAUUCAAAGAUCAGCAUUUAUCUGAAAUAAAAAGCUUUUGUAACAAAAAAAUGAUAGAAAUUAAUACUUUUAUUUUGCAGGGAUGCUUUAAAUUGGUCAAAAGUGAUGAUAAGGACAUUUACAAUUUUACAAAAGAUUUCUAUUUCAGAUAAAUGCUGUUCUUCUAAACUAAGAAACCUGAAAAAUCCUACUCAAAUCAGCUGUUUUCAACAUAAUAAUACUAAUACUAAAUGUUUUUGAGUUGCAAAUCAGAAUAUUAGAAAGAUUUCUGAAGGGUCAUGUGACUUAAGUAAUGAUGCUAAAAUAUCAGCGUUAAAAUCACAUGAAUAAAUUACACCCUAAAAUAUAUUCAAACAGAAAUCAGUUAUUUUAAAUAGUAAAAAUAUUUCAAAAUUUUACUGUUUUUGCUGUACUUUGGAUCAAAUAAAUCUAGACUUGAUGAGCAGAAGAGACUUCUUUUAAAAAACAUUAAAAAGCAUUUGACUCGUUGUGUACAUCCAAUUGUUUGGUAAUGCAGUAUAUUUGAUAAAUCAUCAUUAAUAUAAUUUGAUUUAUCAUAUGUUUUGUUUUCCAGUAAAAUCCAAGUAUCUAAAAAUAGAUGCACUAACUUGAGAAGUAAAACUGUGAAAGGUAAUAAGACUGAAAGUAUCUUGAAGUAAGUGUUUUGAACUCCAUAGGCUUGACACUUUCUUAAACAUCCCUAAAUUGUAAUAUUUCUUUUUUUAUUUCAGUAAAAAUGAAUCCCCAAAUAAUUAACUUUACUAGUAUUAUCAAUCAGUUGCAGCCAAAUGAUUGUAGAACUUGACUGUGCCCAUGUGGCGUGUGAAUUAAAUCUAUUUUUUAUGUUUGUCUGUGGUGAAAUUGAACUUGGAUGAGGAAUAUAAAUAUAUUUUCAUCACUCAGUUUCAUCAGAGUUUGGCUUCUUGGGCUGGGAAAUUGUCAAUUGCUACUGGUAUCUUACCCAGAACUUCUGUUUGCCUGAAUCACUCUUGCAUUAGGAAAGGUUACUCUGACCUUCAUUCACAUCAACUCAGCACCUAUCAAAAAAUGGCCAGGGGAAGACUCAGAUUUUUGAAAUAGUAUAUUUUCACCCGCUUCCUCCAUUUCUCUGAAAGAAGAUGGUAGUUUUCAGGUAUUUUGACCAGGCUGAAAUGAAGCUCCAUUGGAUCAGGCUGCACUGAAAAACAUUUUUACACCAUUACACUGAAGUGGCUUCAAUGGCAAAUUUACAACUCAUAUUUUGCAUUUGAGCCAAGCAGCAGAUUGGAAAUGUUUGUGACCAUCUGCAUUGCCAUUGACUUUCAAAGGGCAAAAAAUUCAAAGUAUACUAUUACUCAGAGAACCAGACCUUUAAUGGGUGCUUGAGAGCCAUUUGUUUCACACACAGAUGCUUCGCAAAGCAUUUCUCUUAAUGUGUCACGCAGCUUCAAUUUGCAAUAAUGUUUUAUCACAGAAAUGCACAGGUGUGCCUUUUUGCCUUUUACAUGCGGUACUUGUGAGACAUAAGUGAAUGCAAUUUUAUAUUGCAUUGUUACGUUAUCCACACUGUUUUCAGCUUUAGGUGCUUAUAGUGAAUGUGAAUUUGUGUGUAGUAUAUAACUCAACAAUGAUUCCAAGAAAAACCUCUCAUAUUUCCGACAACCGCUUAAUGAAUCAUAAUGUAUUUUUAUGUGAUUAUCUCUUUGAGUGUGAUAAAUAAAUAAGAUGUGAUUUGUUGCAUGUAAUGUGGUUAAAUACUUUAAUAACUUCUAUCCAUUAAUAAACAGACAGUAAAUUCAACUAACAAUGCCAGCGCAGUUUAAAACAAAGAAGCCUGCAGCUAAACAGGAGUUUACAUUAAUAAAACAGAACAAAAAUGAAUUAUUUAAUGUGCAAAUUACACAAGCCCACCCCCUGAAACCAUUAUCUGACAAAUGGCAAGUUCACCUUGAAAAAUUAUUGUUUGCAAUGACAUGCUUCUGUUGUUUCCACCUCUGGGUCUGUUGACAGCUCAGUUGGAAAGUUAUUUGACAGAAGGCACACCGUCAAACACAGAGAAAGAAAGCUCUGCCUGCCAGCAACCUUGAAAUGUAUUGUUCCUCGUUGGUUUCGUAAUUUGCACAUUUUAAGUGAUUUCCUGUCCUGUCUAGCUCACAUCGCCGCAAUUUUGAACGUCAAUACUUGUUGAGAAGAGGUGUGCUAUUACUUUUCGAUCGGAUUUACAAUAAAUGGUGCAAAAAAAUUCCAUACAUUUACAUUGUAGAAACCGAGCCAUUUUUAGAACCAGAAUACCACGUAUUUGUGCCGAAAACAAUCAGUACGCCUUAGCAACACCCUGGCAAUGAGCUUUGCAUGGCCAAACACAGCUGGGUUUCAGGAAAUCUAAAAAUUUGUUUCAUGUUUCUUGGGGUAAAAGUUUACACUUCUUUUGUAAUAGUUAAUAGAGUCCCUCAGCUGUCCUCAGUGUGAAAAGAUGGAUCUCAAAAUCAUAAAGUCAUUGUUGGAAAGGGUUCAAAUACACAAAAAUGCUGAACAAACAAAUAAUUGUUGGGACCCCAAGGAUUUUUCUAAAGAACAAUGGGCAGUUUAACUGUUUAGGACAAACACGGGAUUCAUGAACAACUAUCAAUAAACAAACAAAAAAAAAAAAA